GAUGAUUUCCGGUAUACUAGAAGUGUAACGCAUUUAUGAUUUAACCAACAAAAUGCCGAAAGAUGAAGAAAAGAAAGUCGUUUUACCGAGGACUGCAUCAGAUCUUCAAAGACUUAAGCUUGAGAAAUUGAUGAAAAAGCCGGAUAAAGAGGUCAUAAUUGCAGACAAAUCUCAGGGAUAUAAUCCAAGGGCACCUUUAGAAUUCAUCAGGAAUGUAUGGGGAUCUAGUGCAGGAGCUGGCAGUGGGGACUUCCACGUGUACAGAGGUGUGAGAAGAAGAGAGUAUGCUCGCCAGAAAUUUGUUUUAGAAAAAGCAAAGAGGGAAGAGGCAGACGCUGAAUAUGAAAAGAAGGUAGAAGUAAACGUGAAGGCCGCUGAUGAACGUACAGCUAAGAAACGAGCGAAACGAUUGAAGAAGAAGCAGAAACAAAAAGGAAAGAAACCCAGGACGGAAGUUAAAGAAAAGGAAGAAGAAUCUGAUGAAGAGGAAAGUGAGGAGGGAGAGAUAAAUGGGGAAAAAGAAACUCCAUCUGACAAAUUAACAAGCAAUGGACAUAACAGAACCGAUUCAUCAUGACAGUGAUUGGAACAUGUUUUAUAUUUAUGUUUAAAUGGUAGGGACUGUGACAGUGUGUUCAUCCCCGGCCUGGAGACCAAACAAUGAACUAUAUAUUUAUUGUUACUUAAUAUUCUUUUCUGCCAAUAUUUGGAAUAUAAUACAAUGUAAUAGAUCAGUAAAAUGUAUGUCAAAUUUUCAAAAUAGAACCUACAUUUGCUGGCCUACACAAUGUAUGCUGGUACAUGUGCUUGUAGUAGGCAUGUGAAAUGAUCAGAAAGUUGUGGAACAAAGAAAAUCUUUUGAAGACACUGUAUGUUAUAUGGUUCCAUCACAAUAAAAGCCCAGACAAAAACAACAGAUUCUAUUACAUCGUAUUACAACAUCAGUCUGAUGGGAGUCAAUUAUAUUCAAGUGUGAUUCUGUUGUUACAUCAUCUAUUUUAAAUUUUAGUGGGUUCUUUUAGUCAAGAAAAUUAUCUUAAGAUUUCACAAGCUUGGCAGCCUUGGUUGGGGGUAUUCUAAACCACGACAUAAGGGCGAAUGUGAUUCAUAAUAUCUCUGUCUAGGGAAGAUACAGCCAUCACGAGUGUUAGUUUUAAGUUUAUAAAAAUGUUCAUUAUACUGAUGUAAAUCAUUUAAACACAAAAACAUGUGAUGGGUCAUUGUAUAUAUAUUCAGAUUGAUGCGUCUACAAUUUUUACCCAAACGAUGGGCUAUUUCUGGUCAAAGUUUUUAUGGAUUUCAUCCAAUAAGUAAAUGUACUCAAAAUGUAGACACCAGGUCUUGUGAAUCUGUGACAUCCUGCAAUGGAUCUCACAUUAGUUAUAUAAAUAAAUAAUGGUAACUGUAUACAUUUGAUGAUCAGUUGCAUGUAAUUUCUUUUCCCAUUAGGCCUCAAUAAAUCUAUGCCUUAGAUGUAACCCUGUAAAAAAACUGGGUGGGUAGGUAGGGUAACAUUUUUGUACUUUAUCACAUAUUUUUAUAUAGGUUUGGUUUUAUAUAGAACAAGGAUCUUGACUUUAAUACUUCUUCUCUAAAACUGUCUCAAAACGUGUGGGUAGACAGUCUGAAUAUUAGUUUAGUAGCCAUAGGGAAACAAAAAACCACAUACCUGGUAAUUUAUUUUUUGGCCUCGUUCUAUAUUGGUUGCAUGUAUGACUAUCUAAGUAUUGAUGUCAUUGGCAUUAACACAAGUAUUUUUCACAUGGUAAUCAAUUUCAAACUCUUUAAUUUCCAAUGGCUAGUACGUACAUGAAUAAUUACCUGCACCUUAUAUAUGACAAAAUUUCAUAAAUGGUCAAGGCUUAAAGUAGAUACUGAUGCUGACUUGUAACUUUGGGCUCUGUAGUCUACCAUCCUCUCCUCUUACUACUGUACAUGUUAGACUGGACCGAGUCCCAACUCGGUUUAUUUAUUCAAGAUCCUUCUUUAAAUUCUCUAAUACUUUGUCUAUGAUCUGCCUUGUUUUCCUGGCCAGUUCAACUUUGUUAUUCCUUUGGCUUCAAUUAAUUACAUCAGGAUCAAUCACAACAGGCAAAGGGACACGGUUUGUGAACAUUUGUUUAGACAACCAGUUUUGCCUUUUUCAGAAAAUGCAUUUCAUUAUGACCAAUGUGUUUAACAUUACUUGGAUGUGAAACUGUUAAAAGAAGAUUGUUUUAUUGCAAGUUAUUUAAGGAAUGACUUGGGUGGACUAUUGGAAAAUGGCAAGUCGGUUGCGAGAAAUACUGGCAGGUGGAUUAUACAAAAUAAUAAUAGGUUAUCUGGGACAAAUUAUAAAGAUUAGUGGAAAUGUGUAUAGUACAUGUAUGUUAAAUAAUUGAUGUUGGAAUGCAUGAAAAGUUGAGAGGAAGUGAUUACAUAUUUCAUUUUGAAAAUAGCUUGGUGAUUGUGUUUCAUUAUAAAAUAAUGUGUUUUAAAUAUCAGUACAU